AUGCGUCAUCUCACGUCCCUGUCAGCGUGUCCUGCACUUUGGCGUUCUUUGCCUUGCCCGACCUCUGAACUCAGGCUGGAUUUUGUGCUUCCAGGUGGCCAAUCUUUUCGGUGGAGGGAGAGCAGUCCAGGUUUCUGGACUGGCGUGGUACAUGGGCGUGUGUGGACCCUGACACAGAAGGAUGACCACCUCUGGUACGCUGUGUACCCCAACACAGAGGAAGAUGAGGGGAAACCAGAGAAGGAACCAGAGAAGAAGGCCACAAAGAGAAAGCUGCAGAAGACAACCUUCGGGGCCAUCAACACUGAAGACAUUAAACAAGAACAAGACAAUGACUGGACAAAUGUAACCAUUCAUAUCGACUCCAAAGACUGCAAGAAAGACGGGGAAACACUGGAGGAUUAUUUCCAGCUCCACCUCAGUCUCCAGGAUCUCUAUAAGCAGUGGGGAGAAUCAGACACCAACUUUCAGAAAGUAGCCAGAGAGUUUUCAGGAAUUCGCAUGCUGCGCCAGGAUCCCUUAGAAUGUCUCUUCUCAUUCAUCUGUACCUCCAACAACCACAUCUCCCGUAUCACAGGAAUGAUCGAGCGAGUUUGCAGCACUCUAGGAAGACGCCUGUGCCGACUCGAUUCUGUGGACUAUUACUCCUUCCCCAGUCUCCAGGCGUUGGCGGCUGAUGACACCGAGACCAAGUUACGUAACCUGGGCUUUGGGUACAGAGCAAAGUUCGUCAGCGAGAGUGCGAGGACCAUCUUACAUAAGCACGGCCUGGACUGGUUGGAGAGCCUUCGUCAUGUUCCCUAUAAAGAGGCGAAGACUGCGCUGUGCGCUUUGCCUGGAGUUGGAAGCAAAGUUGCUGACUGUGUUUGCCUGAUGGCACUUGACAAACCUGAAGCCGUACCUGUGGACACCCACGUUUGGCAAAUCGCUAAGAGAGACUAUAUGCCUCAGCUCGGCCAGGGGAACAAAAGCAUCACCGAUCGAGUUUACCGAGAGAUCGGAGAUUACUUUCGGAACUUGUGGGGUCCAUAUGCCGGAUGGGCACAGGGGGUAAGCAGAAGUUUCAUCAGCUGCUGUGCAUUGUUACAUCCUAGAUUUUUUUUAUAUCUGUCCCUUCAGCUGUUUCUUGGGAAUGGAGCUUCUUGUUCUAGUACCCUAUGA